UAUAGGUACAGAUUCUACAUAAACUGUCUGUGAUGAAAAGACUAUAACAUUUGUUACUUCUAUAAAGUAAUAUCGUUAGUUCGUUGCUUAUUUUACUUUUAUCUUAUACGUCGUUGUAUAAGUUGUAUUCAGCAUAAUGUUGUCAUUUUUUUCAUCGUUGUGUAAAAUUCGUACUCCAAAUUACCAAGUAUUGUGGCCGAUACGCCCAAGCCUAGGCAAGAAGCAUAUUUUAGCCAUCGGAUCCCCACGUUUUUUAAAAACAAGUGCACCUAAUCAGCGUCGAAAAGGUAGCGAUGAAAACCCGCAAGAUUCGAUUAUCAAACUCCUACGUGAUGAGGUGAAAAAAGCUGAAAAAAAACGUGAAAGUCUGAAAUCUCAAAUUAAAGUUAAUCGUCACGUUGCGGAAUCAUACCUCGUAAGAAAUAUGAUAGACAACGUCAAGGAGAAUCAUCUUCAAAACUACGAAACAGAUGAUUUAAAAGAUCAAAGCUUGUUGACGAAGAUGCAGACUUUAUUCGGAAAAUUCUUAAACGACGAAGACAAUCCUACUGGAAAAGAAAUGAAAACCAAAAUCAAGGAACACGGAUUCUCCGAACAGGAAUUUAUCCAAAUUAUACACGAUAGUUAUGUUCGAGCAUGUAAAUUUUUCGAUUCAGCUCGCAUUAUUUUAUUGAAGAAUGGCUUAUUCAAGGCCGAAAGCAGCGAAAGCUUACUUAGUAUUAUACACGAGGUUGAGGAGUUUUCAGACAAGGAAAAGUCUUGUUUCAAAAUUUUGUAUCCUGCUUUUGUCCCUUCGUAUUACGGUUCGUUAGGUUGGCGUUCGAAAGAUUAGGUAGUGUUGUGAAACUUCUUCGAAGUGAUUGGUUUUUAUACCUAAAUGAAGCGUUUAUCACGUCUACGAGUAGCUCGUGUCAUGAUUUGAUAUUACCUUAUGUAUUGUUUUCAAUAAAUCAGUUCGUUUACGAACUCUUGUUCAAAU